CGGAAACCGGAAGUGUUUACAACAGGAAGCUAGGCUAACUGUCCAACUGACGGAGCAGCAAGAGUGUUUAAAGCUCAACAGAACAGCGGCGCGUGGAGUUUCUCUGAGUGUUUUUGGGAUUUAUUUUAGGAGUCAGGAUGAGUCUGCAGUGGACGGCCGUGGCCACCUUCCUGUACGCUGAGGUCUUCUUUGUUCUGCUGCUCUGCAUCCCCUUCAUCUCCCCGAAAAGGUGGAAUAAUAUCUUCAAGUCUCGGAUCAUCCAGACCAUCGCUCUCUAUGGAAACACUUCGUUCAUGGUGGCCAUCGCCAUCCUUGUCUUCCUGCUUAUCGAUGCCUUCCGUGAGGUGAGGAAAUACAGCGUGACGGAGAAGGUGGAUCUGACCAACAACCCGGUGGCCAUCGAACACAUCCACAUGAAACUGUUCAGAGCUCAGAGGAACGAGUACAUCGCUGGCUUCGCUCUGCUGCUCUGCCUGUUGCUGCGUCGCCUCGCCACCCUGCUCUCCCAGCAGGCCUCGCUCAUGGCCUCCAACGAAGCCUUCAAGAAGCAGGCGGAGGGCGCCAGCAACGCCGCCAAGAAAUACAUGGAUGAGAACGAGCUGCUGCAAGAGAAACUCCGUGAUGCUGGCGUGGAGGUGCCGGAGGCCGGGAAGAAGGGAGCCGGACCGCAGGAGGAGAACAAGACUCUGAAAGAGGAGGUGAAGACCCUGAAGGAGAAGCUGGACGCCACCAAGAAAGCUCUGCAGAAGUCGGACAGUGACGUCCGUGCGAUGAAGAAACAGAGCGAGAAUCUGACGGUUGAGUACGACAGACUGCUGGAGGAACACAGCAAACUGCUGGCGACCAGCGACAAGAAGUCAGACUGAAACACGAAGACGGUUUCCAGCUUCGCUCCUCUUCCUCGCCGUCCUCGACUUGCACGUACUUCUCUGAGUUUACCCGACGUCGCCGGGCUGUGAUUGGUUCAUUACAUGUGGUUUACAAAAUAUCUUUUGACUGUCGGAGCUUCGUCAGAAGAAGAAGAAGAUGAGACGAAAAAAAAAAAAAAAGAUUGUUGGCUGUCUGUGAAACUUUCUUUCUUUCUGACGAGGUAUUUUUUGUUUGUUUUCUGAUUUACUGAGAAACUCAGACAGAUCAGAUCUGAUCAUUCCCCGUUUCCCUGCCGCCGCAGAGCAGCAACGACCUGAACUUCAGUCCUGCUUUCUGCACGAAACGGACGAGUUUUAUUCCAAAAUCUAAAGGCCCAAUGUUUUAUUUUUUAUAAAGUGCUCAUAUUAUGUUCA